AUGGCCGACGAGAACGGCACCGAGCCCAUCAAGCGCGAUGUGCGCAACCAUAUGCUGUUCGAGGUAGCCACCGAGGUGGCCAAUCGCGUCGGUGGCAUCUACUCUGUGCUUAAGUCCAAAGCUCCCGUGACCACUGCCGAGUAUGGUGAGCGCUAUACUCUGAUCGGCCCUCUCAACAAGGCUUCGGCUGCGGUGGAGGUUGAGGAGCUCACGCCAUCCAACCCGGCGAUGCGCGACACUAUUCAGUCCAUGCAAGCGCGAGGAAUCGAGAUCCUGUACGGUCGCUGGCUGAUUGAGGGUGCCCCGCGCGUCUUGCUCAUCAACACGGGCACAGGCUACCGCUGGUUGGACGAGUGGAAGGGCGAUCUGUGGAAUACCUCCGGUAUCCCGUCGCCGGCUGCCGAUCAUGAGACCAAUGAGGCGAUCGUUUUUGGCUACCUAGUCGCAUGGUUCUUGGGCGAGUACAUCGCACAUGAACGUCGCCGGGCCGUCGUCGCCCACUUCCACGAGUGGUUGGCUGGUGUGGCUUUGCCCCUGACCAAGAAGCGUCAUAUGGACUUGACAACCAUCUUCACCACACACGCUACACUGCUGGGGCGUUAUCUCUGUGCGGGAUCGGUUGAUUUCUACAACAACCUCCAAUACUUUGAUGUAGACGCCGAGGCCGGCAAGCGUGGUAUCUACCACCGUUACUGCAUCGAGCGCGCGGCUGCGCACAGUUGCGAUGUCUUCACUACAGUGUCACACAUUACUGCAUUCGAGAGCGAGCACUUGCUGAAGCGCAAGCCCGACGGUGUCCUCCCGAACGGUCUGAACGUGAAGAAAUUCUCUGCCAUGCACGAGUUCCAGAACCUGCACUCCCAAGCCAAGGAGAAGAUCAAUGACUUCGUGCGCGGCCACUUCUACGGACACAAUGACUUCGAUCUGGACAACACCCUCUAUCUCUUCACCGCUGGUCGGUACGAGUUCCGCAACAAGGGUGUCGACAUGUUCAUUGAGGGUCUGGCUCGUCUCAACCACCGCCUCAAGUCGGCCGGUUCGAACAUGACUGUCGUGGCCUUCAUUAUCAUGCCGGCCCAAACUUCCUCCCUGACUGUCGAGGCCCUCAAGGGCCAGGCCGUCGUCAAAUCUCUCCGCGACACCAUUGAGAACAUUGAGAAAGGCAUCGGCAAGCGCAUGUACGAGCGUUGUCUCGAGUGGAAGGAGGGCGACAACAUGCCUGAUGAGAAGGACCUCAUCACCAGUCAGGACCGCGUGCUCCUCCGUCGUCGCUUGUUCGCCAUGAAACGCCACGGUCUCCCGCCGAUCGUCACCCACAACAUGGUCAAUGACCACGAGGACCCCAUUCUGAACCAGAUCCGCCGCGUGGAGCUCUUCAACAAGUCUUCCGAUCGCGUCAAGGUUGUCUUCCACCCCGAAUUCCUCAAUUCUUCCAAUCCUGUGCUGCCCUUGGAUUACGAUGACUUUGUUCGUGGAACCCACUUGGGUGUUUUCCCAUCCUACUACGAGCCGUGGGGUUACACGCCGGCCGAGUGUACAGUCAUGGGUGUUCCCAGCAUCACUACCAACUUGUCCGGAUUCGGAUGCUACAUGGAGGAGCUGAUCGAGAACUCGUCUGACUACGGUAUCUACAUUGUAGAUCGUCGCGCCAAGGGAGUUGACGAUUCAGUAAACCAGCUGACCGACUUCAUGUUCAACUUCACCGAGAAGAGCAGACGCCAACGCAUCAAUCAGCGUAACCGCACGGAGCGUCUGAGCGAUCUGCUCGACUGGAAGCGCAUGGGACUGGAAUACGUGAAGGCCCGCCAGCUGGCCCUUCGCAGAGCCUAUCCGUCCUCCUUCGAUGGAAAUGAAGACUACUUCAACAUCAUUGGUGGAACCGAGCAGAAGAUCUCCCGCCCUCUGUCUGUUCCUGGAUCUCCCAGGGAUCGCUCCGGCAUGAUGACUCCUGGUGAUUUCGCUUCUCUUCAAGAGGGUCGCGAGGGUCUGAGCACCGAGGACUACGUCGCGUGGAAGCUCCCUGAGGAGGAAGAGCCAGAUGACCACUUCUACCCGUUGACGCUGCGAACUCGCAAGACGGCGGAUCGACCCCAGUCCCCACUCGACAGCAUCUCGAUCAAUGGGGACCCGGCGGAGGGCCGUAGUCCGAAAUAG